UUCUCGGUGAUUUUAAACAAGACAAAUUAACGGUCAGAGGAAACCACUGGCUUCCAGUCGUGUUUACUGUUGCUUAGUUCUUUAGUGCACUUUUUUGCGCCUCAGAGCUGAAAGCCAGCGGACCAUGAUGGACUACAUGACGGACAAGUUUCCGCUGAAGUGUGAAGCUGGAAAGGGGACAGACUUUUACCUGGAGCCGCUCAUGGAGCCCUUAGAGAGCAUGCAGUACUACAGCAAGAGCUCCAGCAAGAGCGGUCACCAUUACGCACUGCAGAACACAGAGCACCACAGCAUUCUGGACAGAUCUUCUCCUGCUGACAACCAAACCUCAGUGGCAGCAGCUCCUCAUUACUGCAGCACGAAGGCGGAUGACGGCGGCGGACACGCGGAGCUCUCGGGGCCGCUGGAUGAGCGCUGCGGUGUGAGGACAUCACCGGGAGCAACAGCACGGGACAAAUCCGACUUAGACGAUAUUGGUGAAAAGUGUGACAGCAACGUAUCCAGCAGCAAGAAGAGACGCCACCGGACCACGUUUACGAGCGCCCAGCUCGAGGAGUUAGAGAAAGUCUUCCAAAAAACGCAUUAUCCAGAUGUGUAUGUCAGGGAACAGCUGGCGAUGCGCACCGAGCUCACCGAGGCCAGAGUGCAGGUGUGGUUUCAGAACAGAAGGGCGAAGUGGAGAAAGAGAGAGCGUUAUGGACAGAUGCAGCAGGCUAAAAGUCAUUUCUCAGCCACGUAUGACAUUUCAGUGCUGCCCAGAACAGACAGCUACUCACAGAUAUCCAAUAACUUGUGGCCGUCUCCAAGCCCUGGUGGCUCAGUGGUUUCUUCCUGCAUGCUCCCGCGUGGUUCUCCACCUUGUGUACCAUCUCCAUAUCCCCACUCACCACGAGCCCCUGAACACAAUUACAUUGGCUUCCCCAACCACCAGCAGAACCAGUUCGGAGUCAAUCCCGUCUCCCUCAACAACUUCUUUACUGAUUCGCUUUUAGCCCCGACGCCAAACGGGCACGCGGCCUUUGAGAGCAAACCUGAGUUUGAGAGGCGCUCAUCAAGCAUCGCUGUUCUCAGGAUGAAGGCCAAAGAGCACACAGCCAACAUCUCAUGGGCUAUGUGAUCAUGGGCUCAGACUCUUAUUAUAAACAGUAUUCAAUCAUUUUAAUGUAUUGAUAAAGACACAGAAGUGGACAUUUAUUUUUACUAAGAAGGACUCCCUACUAUUUGAACUUAUCACUGACUGAAAAGGUUUCAGUGAGGAGCUUUAUUUUGAGCCAUCAUCACUUUUCAGUCUUACUUUGAACAACUUAAUAAUUAUUCAAAACUUUACUUGAUUUACAUAUUACAGUAUGUGUAAAUGAAUGUCUUAUGAAUAUGUUGCAAUAGUGUGCCUUAUUAUGUAUGACGCACUUACGGUGUGAAAGCAGUAACACAGGGAGCUUUAAGAGCUUAAAUACAUUCUGUACUCAGGACUCGGUGUGAAUGUGAUGUCUGUGAUAUCUUACACAAGUCAUGACCAUGUGUCUUGAAACAAAGCUGUGUACAACUCAUAAAUGUAGCUGGCUCUGCCACAAUCAUCCACAAUCAGAGGGGCACUUUGCACUCUGUAGGGAUUGUAUUUCAGUAAAACUCUUUGGCAAUUUUACAAUUAUUGUGAUUUAUAUACUGUAUCAUGCCACAUUUUUGAGAAGAAUCUAAUGUAAUACUCUAACCCUAGAAUAUUUUUUAUAAAAACCUUAGCUUUU